AUGGAUGCGAAUACAAUCGAGGAGCUGAACAAGGUGCGCAAGGCCAUGGGCCUGAAGCCCUUGCCCGUACCAAAUGCCACCCCAUCGGUGCCAUCCAAAGACGCACCCAAAGUCGACGACGAGGAGCCCGCAAGUACCAUCGAGACGCGUGAGGCUGCAGCCGGCGACAACUACCGGAGGGUCCUCGAAGCGGAAAAGACAAAAAGGGAGCGGGAGGCACGCCUUGCCGCCAUCAAGAAGGAGCGCGAGAAGGCACAGCGCUUUGCGACGCUGAAGGGGCAGGGGCUCGGCGAUCUGGAUGACGAGGGUGAUGGCGACGCCAAAGCGUGGCUCAAGAGCAUGAAGAAGAAGCAGAAGAAGAUUGCCGAGGCGAGGAGGCAGGAUGAGGAGGCUGAAGCCGCUGCGAAGGCUGCUGCCCUGGCUGCCGAGUACUCUUCCAAAGACCUGGCCGGCGUCAAGGUGGGGCACGACAUGACGACCUUCCUCGACGGCGACGACCAGAUCCUCACGCUGAAAGACAACACCGUACUGGAUAACGAGGACGAAGGGGACGAGCUCGAGAACCUGAACCUGCGGGAGCAAGAAAAGCUCAACGAGAAGCUAGACCUCAAGAAGAAGCGGCCCGUCUAUGACCCCAACGACAUCGAUGAGACGGGUGAGCGCAGCAUUCUGGCCCAGUACGAUGAAGAGAUCAGCGGCAAGAAGAAAAAGGCAUUCACUCUGGACACGUCUGGCACAAUCGGGGAUCUCGCCGAUAUAUUAGAGGGCCCUGCUGCCGGGAGGGGAGAAAAGAAGACGAUUCAGAACUUGGAUGUUGACAUCAUGAAGGAUGCGCCCGUCUCAGACUACCUCGAUGUCUCGGAGAUCAAGGUCAAGAAGCCGAAGAAGAAGAAGAAGGCAAAGUCCACUCGCCAGCGGGAUGACGAGGAUGCCAUGUUCUCAGCAGACCAGACGGCAACCGGUGAUGACGUGAUGGACAUUGACUUGCCCAGAGCCAAAAAGCGGAAAGUCACAGACGACGCAUUCGUGGAUGACGAUGAUCUACAGAACUCCCUGGCUUUACAGAGGAGGCAGGCGCUCAAGAAGCAGAAGCGGAUGCGGCCACAAGACAUCGCAAAGCAACUCAAAGCAGAAGCAGAGCAGGACGCCGAAGACACCGACCAAGAUGGCGAGCAGGGGGGACUUGUCGUGGACGAGACGACCGAAUUCCUGAGCGCCAUCAACAAGCCUGAGCUGGAUGAGGAUGUGCGGCCGCGGAAGAAGUCGAAAUCGAGGGAACCGGUCACGGCAAUGGACGAUGAGUUGUCGGAUGAGGAGAUGGAGAACGCACCACAUAUCAAGAGGGAAUCUGCCGAGAGAGACCUGUCUGAGGCCCCAGAGGAUCUCACAACAACCGGUGUGGAGGAAGAAAAAUAUGUCGCGCAGGGCCUGGGAGCGACGCUUGCGCUACUCAAAGAACGCAACAUCAUCGAUGCCACUACCGAAGGUGCUCAGAAGAAUGAGCAUUUUCGGCAGAGGGAGCUCUUCCUCGCCGAGCAGGCACGACUCAUUGCCCAGGUCGACGAAGACGCCAAGAGGCAGCGCGAGCGGGAUCGUACCAGCGGAUUUUUGGACAGGCUCAGCGCGCGCGACCGGGAGGAAUAUGCACGCAAGCAGAACGCAGACCGCGAGUUCAAGCUGUCGAGCAUCCGGGCUAACCUCCUCAAGAAAUAUAAGUUCAACGUGGAGCUCAAAUAUGUGGACGACAUGGGUCGCCACCUCAACCAGAAGGAGGCUUUCAAGGAGCUUUCGCAUCAGUUCCACGGCAAGACGAGCGGCAAGGGCAAGACUGACAAGAAGCUGUCCAAGGUCGAGCAGGAAAAGCGCCGCAUGGCCACCAGCAUCUUUGACGCCAGCCAGGAGGCAGGCAUGUCGAACGCCACAGCGCAGCAGACCAAGAAGCGGAAGGAGGCCGGCGUCAGGUUGGCUUAA